AGACGCGACAGCAACGCUUCUCCCGGCGGCCACAGCAGCUCCGCGCACAGCCUUUUCGCGCCCUCGGGGAGGGUCCUCCAGCCCCAGGCGCCGCGGUGGGAUGACGGAGAGGCCGCUGCCCUACUAGCCCCGGCGCCCCUCCACCCGCCGCCAUGCUGGAAGGCGUGGUCGCCACCGUGCUCAACCGCUACCUGGGCAAGUACGUGCAGGACCUGGACACCGAGAACCUCAACGUGGGCAUCUUCAGCGGCGAGGUGCAGCUGCUCGACCUGCGGCUCAAGCCGGAGGCGCUGUACGAGCUUGACCUGCCAAUAGAGGUGAAAGCGGGCACCGUCGGCCGCAUCAGCCUCAGCAUCCCGUGGGCCGGCCUUACGUCGCAGCCGGUCGUCAUUACCAUCGAGGAUGUGUACGUGCUGGCGGGACCCGUGGUGGACCGCCAGUUUGACCCCGAGACCGACAAACGGCUCAUGCGGGCCGCCAAGAGGCGCAAGCUGGACGCACUGCAGGACGACAGCUUCUUCGGCCAAGGUUCACCCGACUCAAAGAGCUUCUUUGAGCACCUGGCCACCACCAUCAUGAACAACCUGCAGGUGUUUGCGCGCAACAUCCACGUGCGCUAUGAGGACGCCGUCAGCAACCCGGACUGCGCGCUGGCGUGCGGCUUGUGCGUGCAGAGCGUGUCCGUCGAGACGACCAACAGCAAGUGGAAGCCGAGCCUAACGCCAACGGGCGCCUCGUCGCUGUACCAGCUGCUGCGGCUCGAGUCGCUGUCCGUGUACUGGAACCCGGGCUGUGGGGCAGAGCGUCUGGUGGCGGCGGCGGUGGACCCGGCGCAGCCCUAUGCCUGGCGUGUAGAGAUGCGGCGUGGUCUCGACACCUUCUGCGUCAACGGCGAGGACUUUGAGUUCGUGGUGAAGCCCGUCACGUGCAAGGUGAAAGUGAUCGUGAACAAGUCCAACGAGGCACGCGUACCCAAGCUGCUGGUGGACUUCGUACUGCAGGAUGCCGCCACGCAGCUGUCGCGCCAGCAGUACCUGUCCAUCGUGGGGCUGCGCGAGUCCUUGCGCAGGAUGAGGAUCAACAGGCACUUUCGUCAGUUCCACCCAGACGUCCCUGUGAAGAAGAAUGUGCCCAGAUGGUGGAAGUAUGCAUAUGACUCGGUCGUGCAGCAAAGAGUGCGGCCGUACUCCUGGCAAUACAUUAAGAAGCACAGGGAGUACUACAGGAACUACAAGGACGUGUUCAAGCAGACCGUCCUCAGCCCCAACGACACGGAACUGAAGCUGGAUCUGCAGAAGCUGGAGGACCAGCUGAACAUUGUUGACAUCGUCGUAGCCAGGGAACACGCCAAGAUAGAGCUGCUCCACGAUCGGCCAGAGCUGGUGACGCUGCAGCAGCGGGAGGCGAGCUGGUGGCGGGUGGGGGGCGCCGGUCCCGCCCCGGAGCUCAAGGUGCAGACGGAGAGGGCGCGGGGGCUGUGGUCCCAGCUGUCGUCCCCGGAGCGCCGCAAGCUGUGCGAGACCAUCGGCUUCGUGGAGGACGCGCAGCGCCCCAGCAAGCCCAAGCAGUACAUAGAGCACAAGCUGAACCUCACGGUGGCCAACUGCGCUGUGAGCCUGCUGAGCACGCGGCGCGAGGUGCUGGUGCUGACACUGACUCAGCUGCUGACGAGCGUGGAGACGCGGCCUGCGGCGAAGGCCUUCAAGGUGUCUGCGCGCGCUGAGAGCUUUGUGCUGGAAGGCUGCAGCGCAGACGGUGACCUGGUGCCUGUCAUCACCGCCGACAACAUCCUCACAGGAAACACUUCAUCCAAUUUCUUUUCAAUCGACUUUGAGAAAAACCCACUGAACUUGGACACAGAGUUCGGCCUCUUCAUCAGCCUCGAGCCUGUGGAAAUCAUCUACCACGAACAUGCCGUCACGGAGAUCGUGAACUUCUUCCAAACGCGGCCGGUGGCGCUGCAGGAACUAGUGGACUGGUCGUGGCGGCAGGCGGCGCACGUGGCAGGGCUGGCGCGUGGCCUGCUGGAGAGCGUGCUGGAGCGUCGUUGCACGGUCUGCGUCUGCAUGGACUUGAAGGGCCCCUACUUCGUCAUCCCAGAGCUGGGUUCGCUACAGAAGGGCGGGAGCGUGCUGGUGGUGGACCUGGGACGCGUGCAGGUCACGAGUGACGUGCAGCCCAGCAACGUGACGCUCGAGGACGCCACGCAGAUGGAACUGGAGGAGCGCCUCUACGACCGCCUGCACAUUGACUUCUCUGAUGCCCAGCUCAUCUUCUGUGACUCCGGCGAAGAGUGGAGGGAGGUGCGCAAGCAGCACGACACGGACUACCACCUCGUUCCCAAAGUGAGAUGUCAGCUCGUGUUCUCCAACAGCGUCAAGCCCGACUACCGGCAGCUGCCCAGGCACAAGCUGAACGUGUCGCUGACGAGCGUGAAGCUGAACCUGUCGGACCGCAAGAUCGCCCUGGUGCUGGACCUGCUGGAGGGGCUGCCCCCGCCCUCGGCGCGCGGGGUGGGGGUGCCGCGGGGCGCGCGGUGCGAGGACGACGAGGUGCGGCCCGACGCGGGCGUCGCGAUGCUGCGGCGGGUGCAGUGCGCUGUGGUGGGGGCAGAGGCGGCCCGCCGGGACCGGGCCCCGCCCGUGCACCCCGGCGGCCCCGGCGGGCGGGCCACCUCGGAUGUGGACAAGAGCUGCAUCUCCUCGGAGCACAGCGAUGAAGAGACGGAGUUGUGGGCGCGCACCGUCGACCUGCCUGGCUUUGAUGACAACGUGUCUCCGAGGAACGUCAUCACCAUGCUGUUCCGGUUCAUUCUCGGAGAGGUGCUGGUGCAGCUGUCGCGGUCGCACAAGCGCGUGGACAAGCCGUACCUGAUGCUGCGCGUCAGCAAGGUGUGCUGGGACACGGCGCUGAUGGAGUACGGGCCGGCCGUGCAGGCGAGCGUGGGGGGCGUGCAGCUGGUCGACAAGGUGCACACGGGUUGCUCUGGGGAGUACCUCGAGCUGGUGUCGACUGGCCCGGACCAGGACGUCGCCACCAUGCUCUACCGCAAGGUUCGGUCUGAUUGUCCGGACUUCAAGUCGCACUUCCACAGUGUGGAACAAUCCCUGGUGGUGGACUUUACAAGCGUGAGCGUGGUGUUUCACCGCGAGGCGUUCUGCACACUCAACAAGUACCUGCAGUAUCUCCUCAACAAGUGCUUUACCACAAUCAACAGGGUGUACGGGCGGGACGCGGGGCUCAAGUCGCUCUGGCCGGCGGCGCGGGGCGUGCUCGCCUGGCUGCUGCGCGGGGAGAGGGACCCGCCCAUCCCGCCGGGAGCCACCAAGUUCAGCUACUCCACGCGGCUCGGCGAGGUGCGCGUCAAGCUGUGCGACACGGAGCUGGACCUCCUCGAGCUCAAGGUUUCUGGGUUCGAGAGUGACUGCUUAUUCAAGGCGAACGAGCGCAUGGUGUUGCGGAUGUACCUGACCACGCUCACCGUGGACGACCUCUCGGACAUGACUCUCUACCCGAAGAUAGUGUCAAUCGAGGAGGACAAGGUGUUUGACGUGAAGUACGUGCGGCACAGCCCGAAGCUCUACUCGCAGGGGGGCAUCGUGGGCAGCAACGCAGACGAUGUGAAGUCCGACGGCAGCCUGCGUCUCCACGUGGGCCGUAUGAGCGUCGUGCUGCUCUACAAGCUGCUGGUGGACUUGCAGGUGUUCGUGGAGCCAUUCCUGAAGACAGGGCUGUUGUUGCAACUGGCUGCGGCGGCGUGGCGUGCCGCGGAGCUGCGGCUGUCUCGCCUGCGCGGCUGGACUGCCCGCCUGCACGUGUCUCUCGACCUGCACGCCCCAGCGCUGCUGCUGCCACAGAAGACAUCCUCUCCCAACCUCGUCAUCCUCAACCUGGGAGACCUGAACGUAGAGAACUUCUUCAAGGAGGUGUCGCUGGCGCACAUACCCUACUACAACAGCAGCCACUCGCCCCCCGGGGAGGCCCCCGUCAUCGACAACGCUCUCGUGAGGCUGGAGUCGGUGCAGAUGUCACGCGCUGUCAUGACCCUCGCUGGCUCGCUGGAGAUACAGGAGCCGAUCCUGGAGCCGCUGAGGGUACGGCUGGAUGUGAAGCGCAUGGUGGCGUACCACCACACGGUGGCCAGCCUGCCACCGCACAAGGAUCUGCUGCUGUUUGAGGUGUUCGGUGGCGUGGAGAACGUGCGUGUGAACCUGGGGCAGCGCGACCUCGCCACGCUGCUGGCCGUGUGGAGCGACAACCUCGCAGAGGGCAGGUGCAUAGACCUGGGCCUGGGCUGCCAGCAAGGCCUAGCGGAGCCGGCCACGCCCACCAAUCCCUCGGAGGACCCGGCCGUCCGCAAGCUGCAGGCGUUCUUCAGCCAGAGCGAGCAAGUGCGGCAGGAGAUGAGUGUGCGGCUGGUGCUGGACGGCCUGCAGGUCUUCCUCUUCAGCGACAUGGACGAGAUCCUGAGCUCGCCAGUGCGGGACAUGAACCACGGCCUGUGCAAGCUGGACGUCGGCGAGGCGACACUGUCCCUCGAGGUGUUCUCCGACCACAGCCUGGAGGCCAAGAUGGUGCUGCAGUGCUGCCUGCUGGAGGAUAUUCGCACCGACAACUCCAUCCUCAUCAGGAAGAUCUUCCAGUCGCACGGCGGGGAGCGGCGCGAGGACGCCGGCCCCGUGUCCGUGUCCACGCCGCCCAUCGUGGACGCUGCGUUCCGCCAGAGCGCUGCGGGCGACCGCUGCCUUGACGUGCUGGUGGAGCGCACGCGCCUCAACCUGUCGGUGCCGUUCCUCCUGCACGUGUGCCGCUUCCUGCUGGACAGCCUGCCGGGCGAGCGGCCGGCUGACGGCGGCGUCGUCAACCACGGCUACGUGGGGGACCUGGGCAUGCAGGUGAAGACCCAGGCAGAAUCCGCGAAGAUGCCCCAGCGACCCCCGAGCUCUGCUGACAGCACAAGUGGUUACUUCUCCUCAGGCGCGUCAUGCAUCGAUGACCUGCCAGGGCUAUCGGUGUCGCUGCAGCUGCGCAAGCCGGAGGUGAUGGUGUUCGCGGACGCGGCGGGACACGCCCUGCUGGUGCGCAGUGAGCUGCUGCUGGAGUACAGCAGACACAGCGGUCGCGACUCGCUGGUCUUCUCGCUGGCGGGACUGCACGUGCUCUCCCGGCUGCAGGGUGGCCGGCACGCUUCUCACGUUGUGCUGCAUCCGUGCGACAUCGAGUUCAUGAAGAGCCUCAGGGGCGCGGAGGACGGCCUCAAGGUCACCAUGGACAUCAGCCCAAUCAGCGUCCACUUGUCUGCCAGCACCAUCCGCACAGUCGCCAGUGUAAUUGAAGACAUCACAAACAAUUUCCAGACUGAUGAUUUUGAGUUUCAAAACAAAAUGCCACAAUUCAGCACAGAAUUUGAAGACUUGUGGUCACCCAAGAAGAUACAGCCAUUCAUAUUUGCAGAUACAUCUGAGCCGCUACUGUACGCACACCCGCCGGGCUUCCCGGAGGGACACUCCAACGAGCUGCUGACGGUCGCCGUCCCCAAGGUGGUGGUGGUGUUCGAGAUGGAGGACGGCCCCAGCAGGACCCCGGUGGUUCUGUUCAAGAGUUCUGCGGAGGCCAGCGCCGUCAACUGGUCCCGCCAGCUCUACAUGAAAGUGGAGGUCCAGUUGCAGGCGUCUUGCUACAACGAGAAGGUGAGAGCGUGGGAGCCCCUGAUCGAGCCGGUCGUGGAGGAAGAGCAUGUGUAUCGGCCAUGGGAGGUGCUCAUCAAGGUUUUCCAAGCAAAGGCAUUCCCCUUGUCAUCCGUAGUCGACGACAAAAGCACGUUGGACAGCGGCAAGGUCCACCCGAAACCCGAGAGAGAGCCCCCGGAACGCAAGUCGGAGGAGUCGGAAACAUCUGCAGACGAGACCGAGCUGGAGAACGGCAUGACCUUCAUCCGCAGACACAACGCCGGACCUGACCUCGGCAUGAGAGGUGAAAGUGUUAGCCUAAUAGGAUAUCCCGAAGACUCUGAUUCCGAUAAUGAGGAAGGAGUUUUGGAGAAACUUGCCACUGCAAUUGGACAUUUGUUCACAGGGGACAGCAGCGACGGUGAGGUGAGCGAGUCGGAAGAGUCGAGUGGGGCGGAGCCCUCGGUGGAGACGGAGGAGGCCUCAGAGUUGACCGUGAGCUGCAGCAACACGGUGGUGGGGCGGGAGGAGCGCGCAGUCUUCCUCAAGAAGCACACCGACUCGGUGGACUCUGGCCUGGAGACGGAGCUGCCCGACCGCCUGGCUACCUACAUGGUGGCUGACGCGCGAGACCGCCUGGAGGUGACCUUGAACCCCGUCUCUCUGCGGGUGUUGCACGACCUGUUGGAGUCGCUGUCUGCUACACGGCCCGCCGUGCCGUGCCCCGCGCUCGAGUCACUCCUGGUGCUGCACAACCAGAUAGGCCCCGGAGCCAAGGUCACGCUCCUCUCCUGCAGCAGCUUGCUUCCUGGAGACAAGGAGAACGUACUGGCUUCAGCGACGUAUGAGAAGUGUGACUCCCUCGUGAGCAGUCCUGAUUCAGCCACCACAGGGCUUGUCGAUGCCAGCCCAACCGAGUCUGACAUCGAUGUGGAAGGGUUUGAAGGAGGCUUCCACUAUGCAAGCGAAGUCACCAGCGAGGGUGAGGACGGGCCCCUCACCCCGGUUCUUCAGUUCCGCAACAAGACCGUGACAGAGCUCUACAAAACCAUCACGGAUGAGAGGUUGCAGAUCAGUAUUGAAGGCUUCGACCCGCUGCAGGUGCUGGCGCCCCGGCGGGCCGUCAGCAAGGUGCAUGCAGUCCACCCAGCCAGGAACCACACCCGCUACCACCUCGUCGUGAGCAACGACACCCGUCUCAGCCGCCGCGCCAUCACAGUGCGAUCCCCUCUGCAGGUGAGGAACGAGACAUCAUACGCAAUGGGGCUGUACUACAAGAAGUCCAUCCUGGAUGCGUUAGACGUCGAGCACGUGGGAGAGUCGACCAACCCGUUCGACGACAAGAUCCGCGUGGCCAUUGUUGAGCCGGACGAGACGUUCAGUGUGCCCCUGUACGUGGCCUACCACUGCCGCUUGCACAUACUGCCGGCAUAUGUUGACAGCUACCACGUCAGCGAGGCAGGCCUGUGGUGGCAGGAGCUGGCAUCCGACCUCAACACCGCCCGAGACUUCCACUGCACACCCAAGGAGCCCGGCGACGUCACCGUGUUCUCUGUCAGGGCGCUGUGCGAGGAGGGCGUGGCUGUGAACCGCGCCUCGCGCGCCAUUCCCAACUACCUGGUCAAGCUGCUGCCACCGCUCGCCAUCCACAACAGCCUGCCGUACGCCGUCGAGAUCAAGAUCCCGGCCAUCCGCUACGAGGUGCGCAUCGAGGCGGGCGAGAAGACCAACGUGUACUUCCUCAACCUGCUCAAGAUGCACAAGAUCUGCGUCGAGGUGCCGCAGUACCUGGGCAGCCCGUGGAGCGGCUCGUUCAGCCUGACCCCGGACCUGGAGGAGAAGACGAUCGCCAUGACGACCGAGUACGACACGGAGGGCGGCAACAAGCAGCUGGGGCUGAGCCUGCGGGUGGACCGCGCGGGGACGUGCGCGCUGCACCUGCACGCCCCCUACUGGAUCAUCAACAAGACCGGGCUGCCGCUGCAGAUACGGAGCUCGCUGUCGGACGUGGUGUACGAGGCGAGUGGGGAGGAGCCCCUGCUGUUCUGCUACAAGAAGCAGCGACGACGGCUGGUGCGCGUCCGUGCCUACCACUCUUCCUGGUCGUCUGCCUUCUCGCUGGACACGGCGGGGUGCGCGGGGCUGGUGGUGUGGCGCGACCGCGAGCGGCGCCGGCGCUACCGCGUGCUGCUGACCGUCACGGCGGCACGCCUCUGCCCGCAGCUCAGCCGCAUCGUCACGCUGCUGCCCAACUUCCUGGUGACCAACACGACACGUCGCCACCUGCGCUUCAUGGAGGAGAACGAGCGUGCCGACCUGUGGAUCGACCUGUCGCCCGGUCAGUGUCUCGCCUUCUGGCCCGAGACAGACUCGAUGAGAAUGUACGUCAAGUUCCGGGACAGCAAGCUGGUGUCUCAGCACUUCCCCAUCACACAGGUUCACCAGACCGUGCUGCGGAUGGACAAAGGGUGCGGGCUGUGCGUGGACGUAAGCGGCGGAGGGGAGCAGCCCUUCUCCAUCGCGUUCCGCGGCUACGGCGCCGGGGACGCCCCCGUGCGCGUGGACAACCUCUGCGAGGACCUGUUCCUGAAGAUCCACCAGCAGGACCUGGGGCAGGUGGCGCUGCUGAGCCCCUACCAGUCCGUCAUGUACACCUGGGACGACCCCUGCCGCGACCGCGUGCUCCUCUGGAACGUCUACAACAACAAGGGCAAGGGCUUCCUCGCCGACAUCUGGAGGGACGGCAGUGGGCAGGAGCGGGUGAGCUUCCACACGGUACGGCAGCCCAGCACGGCCGCCAGCUCACACACAGUGGCCGCCAAGCUAUCGGCCAGCCUGAAGCGCAUCACGCCGCGCCAGCCUCCUCCGCUGCCAGAUGACACCGCCAGCAGCAGCAGCGACGACUCAGAGUCGGAGGAGCACACGCCACAGCAGCUGAAGAAGACGCGCAGGGACAAGGUGAUCGUGUACUGGGUGAGCUACCUGGAGGGCCAGCAGCGCGUGCUGCUCUUCACACAGGAUGAGCGCAUUGCCUGCCAGGCUCAGAGCAACAUCGAGGCCGAGAAGAGCAGCCUCGAGCUGUUUGUGUCGUUGCGCGGCGUCGGUCUGUCCCUGGUGAGACCUGCCCCCUCGCUUCCUGCCGUGCAACUUUGCCCUGCGUUGAGUGUGAAAAUAACGAUCGCGUGGAGCCAGGAGCUGGUAUACCUGAGCCUGUCAGACUCGGCGCCCAUCUGGGAGGUGAACGUGGCGCACCGCUGGAAGGUGCUGGCCCUGGAGCUGGCGUCCUGGGUCGAGGACCGCUGGCGGCAGGACAUGAAGAAGGCACAGAUGAAGGACUACGUCCACGUGGACUUUGAGAGGAUGUACAUGACGAAGCCGUUCUUUGGGGAGCUGCGGCGGCGGCACCAGCCGGCCGUGUGGCUGCAGUACCGGCAGUCCGAGCACCUCAGCUACCUGCAGUGCCGCCUGCAUCGCCUGCAGGUGGACAACCAGCUGCGUGAUGCAGUGUUCCCGACGGUGCUGUGUCCGGCCGCGCCUGUUGCCGUGCCGGGGCCAGGCCGCCGUGCCGGGGCCCAGCCGUGCGUGCAGCUGGCCGUGAUGAGGCGCUCCCACCCUGCACAGCACCUGCACGUCUACAAGUUCGUGAAGCUGCUGGUGCAGGAAUUCUCGCUGCAGGUGGACCGCAGCUUCCUGCUGGCCGUGCACGAGCUGCUGUCGCCAUGGCACAGCAAGGACAGCACCACGCUGCGCAUACGCGCGGACCUCGCUGUCGUGCAUGUGCCCAUAUCAACCAUCGCCGCGCAGAGCCAUAGCGACGGCCCAAAGGUGGUGUUGGAGUACAUGCACGUGUCUCCCGUGAAGCUGCAGUUCAGCUACUCCCCACACGGACCAGCGCCCGGCAACGCGGCCAGCGUCCUGCACUACCUCCUGGGCUCCGUCGGCGAGGUCAAGGCUGUCAAGCUCAAGCUGGCCUACCUGGAGCAGAAAGGACGCACGGUGAGCCCGUCGCAGCAGCUGUCCGAGGUGUACAGUCACUUUGCGAGCCAACUGGUGCAGCAGUUCCACGUGCUGGUGCUGUGCGUGGACGUGCUAGGCAACCCGUACAGCGUCGCCCCCGGCCUUGCCGGCGGCCCGGGCGACUUCUUCUACGAGCCCUGCACAGGGGUGAUGGAGUGCCCCGAGGAGUUCGCGGAGGGGCUGAGUCAUGGGGCCCAGGUCCUGCUGGGUCACGUGCUGGGCGGUGCCUCCAGCGUCGUGUCGCUGCUGUCCCCCUGCCUCGGCGACCUGGCGCCCUCCCUGGGCUUCGACCAGGAAUAUAAGAAGAAGAGGAGGCCGUGCCUGCAGCACGCCAGCGACCUGCCGGACUCUCUCCUGCUGUCGUCCAGGACCUUCUCCAUGGGCGUCGCCCUGGGACUGUCCGGCAUCCUUGCCAAACCCGUCGUAGGCGUGCACCAGGAGGGCGUGGAGGGCUUCUUCAAGGGCACGGGCAAGGGCCUGAUGGGGCUGAUGACCAAGCAGACGGGUGGCGUCGCGGACUGUGUCGGCACCGCGCUCGACACCGUCAAGAGGGCGUGUGAGUUGGGGGAGGACGUAGUGAUGAGGAAUCGAUUACCACGCUUCGUGAACCCGUACAUGGGCGUGCAGCCCUUCUCGGCCUACGAGGCGACGGGGAUGCACCUGCUCAACACGCUCAGCAAGGGCCACUACGCUGACACGGACCUGUACUGGACGCACGCUGCCCUCUCGCCCGAGGGCAAGGUCGCGGUGCUCGUCUCCCUGCAGCACGUGUUCCUGGUGGAGAAGUGCCGGCUGUGGGGGCCGUGGGAGGUGGAGUGGUGCGUGCGCACGGACGACGUCAUGGCCGUGCCGCACAUCGACGGCGAGAAGUUGGUGUUGCGCGUACGCCAGGACGAAGCGCUCAGCUUCUUCUCCGGGGACGAGCUGCACGUGUCGAGCCCCGACCGCAGCGUGCUCGAGUGGCUGCAGGCGCACAUCGAGACGGUGAUGGUGCUCAACAUGGAGGACAAGCCUUGCCCGGUCGACAUGUGAGCGAUCCGCACUCGUAUCGGCAGUCCGUGUCGCUGGCUGGGAGUAUUGUUUGGUGUUCCACCACGAGCAUCAAUUUACUGUCAAUAAAUAUUUUUAUCAAAAUAUUGUACUUAAAAAAAAACCUUGUAAAAUAUUGUGGACAUAUUGAAUCAAGCAUUUUGCAACUAAAGAUAGGCACAUCGGUUGGCAGACAGGGUGGUUAUCUUAAAAGUCUUGUCGCUCUGACACUUCACCGCAAGUUGGGGACUCAACCAUCGGUCAUUGUUGUGUCAUUCUGUCUCCUGCAGGUGUACGAAUCCUCAGAACACAUUCCUCCUAAAUUGACUAUACUGAUACUAAAUAUGCUACAGACUAAUAAAAAAUAGCUCCAAGAUUUUUUUUUUACAAAAACAUGGUUGUUUUCAGUCAGGCCAAUAGAUGGCAGAAGGUUCGUCCAAUAUGAUCAUUGUAGUUUAAAAUAUAUGGUACCUACAUUUUUGACACCUAACUUACUUUCUUUACAUUAAGCAAAACUUAAUUUCUAUCUUUAUACAAAUUUAUGUUAAAAAUAAACCACUAGUGUUUCAAAUUUCUUAACUGAAGUGAACAGAGUUUUGUCACCAGUUUAAAAAUAUAUAUAUUUUUUAACACUAUUUAUCUAUAAAAUAUCAUUGUAGUGACACCAUUUUUCGCUAAGUUAUUUUUUGCACUAUCGUCUGAUUUUAUAGAUAGAGCUUUCAGGUGUUAGUCUGUAGUUUAUUUGCCCAAAUAUACAGGAAUAUCCUUUAUCUUUGUUUUGUGUGUGAAAAAUUAAAACCUUUCUCUCUGACAAGAUCUCAUUUCACUUUUUUUUUGUGUAAAAGUGUCCUUGGAUGAUGACGGCAUUUUCAGGAAUUAUAUUCCUUGAACUUUGUAGAAAAAGAAUUCCUUUUUACUUUCAACCAAAAUAGUUAAUAGAAUAUAAUUUACUUGAAGUCAUACAAAAAUCAUUAUUACAUUGUGGAGGUACUAUAGUCAAGAAAUAUGCUUAAUUCGCUCUAAUAGUGCAGUUACCUAACAUUUACCUAUCUAGCUAAGACAAUUUUCCUACUGAGUGAAUCUUAUCAGAAAUUUUGAAGCCAAAAUUGCUCAUAGUUGAUUUAUUCUAUAAUGAAAAAAAAAGUAACUUGUUUGAUAAUAUUUUUAAAAAUUUUAAGUACAUUUUUAUUUCAAGUAGUACUAUAUUUUUUCUUGAAGAAAUUUUGAUGAGAAAUAAUUUUAGAUAUGAGUUUUCUACAAACUUCUCACUGAGGUGCUGUUUUAUUAAGAGCAAUUAUGUUGUUUCAUUCACUGGAUGAGCACUAUUAACUUAACUUAUGUAAGUUUAUUCAUAGUUUCUAUGAUGUAAAAAGUGACAGUAGUAGCUUCAAUGACAUUUUGAGUAUCUGAAAUAGCCAAUGGCAGAAAUAUAAACCACUAAAGCCUAUGCUAGUUUGGUGUGAGGUAGUUCUUUCACUGUAAUUUCUAAAGUUAAAAGAGCAAUUACUUUUGAAUUGAUGGCAGAGGUUCAGAUAGAAUUAUGACACUGACAGAUGUGUUAAUGUACGCAAUCACUUUUACGUAUUUAUUUAUUUAUUUAUUUAUUUAUUUAUUUGUAAUUGUAACAUGCCAACCAACAGGACAAAGCCUUUAAUGGUUGGCACACAAUUAGAUUCAUAUACACUCACAAUAAUAAACAUAAAUGAAAAACACAAAACAAUACAAUAUAAUACAUAUAAAAACAAAACACACAUAACGAAAGACAAUAAAACAAAAAUCAAACGUUACAAUUUAGACAAUACAGAACUAAAACACAUAUGAUCAUUAGGAACUAAGGAAAAUAAUUAAAGUCUUUAUGAAAUUUAUUAAAAUUGGUUAUUAGCCUAAAGAUAAUAUCAUUAUUUCUGUUAACUGUACAUAACGUGGAAGUUAAACGACUGUUAAAAGGAGGUACUCUUAAACCGGUGUUGUCAAGUAUAUAUUUACAGUUUAAUUUGUUAGUAUAACAUUUUUUAAUAAAAAUAAUGUCAAGUAAUUCUCUUCGACUUGAGAGAGAUAUCAGAUUGGGUAGAGGAAGUUGUUUUUGAAUAAUAAUAUUUAUUAAUUUAUUCUGUAUAUUUUCAAUUUUCAUAUUAUCGCACAUAUUGAUGUUCCAAAUUACUGAGCAGUAUUCUAGUUUUGACCUAAUUAAUGCUAAAUAAAGUGAGAGGAUAGAAUCAGUUUUGGUAGCAUAACAUGUGACAUAUUUAAUUAAAGCUAAUGUUCUUCGGGAACUAGAAAUUAAAUGUUGAACAUGUUGGUGAAAGAACAAUUUAGAAUCUAGAAUGAUACCUAAAUCUUUGAGAGAAGAGGAUUUCUGAAUUAAGGUGUUGCCCAAUUUAUAAUCGUAUUUGAUAGGAAGGUAUUUUCUGGUAAAGGAUAUUAUUUUUGUUUUGCCUUUGUUGAGGGUCACAAGAUUGGCUUUACACCAGUUAUUAAUUUCAUUAAUGUCAGUUUGUAAUAAUAAACAGUCAUUAAGAGUGAAAAUUUUUCUACUUAUUUUUAGAUCAUCUGCGAAUAGAGUGCCAGAAGAAUGAUUCAGAAUUUUAGUAAUGUCAUCAAUAAAUAUGUUAAAAAGUAAAGGAGACAAGGUACCACCUUGAGGAACUCCAGAACUAGCUAUAAAAUUUGAAGAAUUGGAGUUGUUGAUAGAUACAAAAAAAGUUCGAUUUUUAAGGUAGCUAGAAAACCAAUUAACAUAAUUGUCACUAAGACCGAAAUUAUGUAACUUGCCUAAUAGUAAUGAAUGGUUUACAGUAUCAAAAGCUUUACAAUUCUUUGGACAUACACCAUUGCAGUUUUGCACUGUUUGUCAUGGAAAAAAAUUUAAAAAAUGCUAAAAUUAGAAACUCUGGACAAUACAGUGAACUGAUGGGCCCAAUGAUGAAACUAAACAGAUAUUUUAGACAACACAAAGAUGACAGUACAGGGGAACACACUCAAAUUUAAAUAUCAGACAGCACUGUUUCACUGUGUUCGUCUGUACUGUCAUUGUUGCGUGAAUCAUUUAAAAAAUGAUUGUAAGCAUUCACUGUGUUACAAGUGGUGAAAUUCUCAAUGAUACAAAUUGCCACUGAAUGGAACUAAUUCUGAGAAAGUCUUUUACACCAAUCCCUCACUUAACACGUCUCCAAAUUGCACGAAAUCAUGUAGCGCAAUGUUAAUUUUACUACCCCAGUCUUGAAUGGAAGAACCAAAUGUUUUUACUUUCAUGCGUAUGCCGCCGGGCCGUGUCAUUGUUGCCCGGCCACAGACCAGGCUGUGAUGGACUUUAGUCUUGCCAGUGGCAGGGUACUCGAGAACGUAAAUGCAUUGUGUUCAAGUAUUUUAGAAAAAACUAGAAGUAUUACAGCGUGCAGAAUGUCACGAAGGCCACAGUUAUGUUGGUGGCACUUUAGUUUUAAGCAAGUUAACUGUGCGUACAAUCGAACGUAUCGUAAAUAAGGACUCUAUCAAAAGUUUAUUUAAGACUGAUGCUGAUGGUUGUACUAGCGGGAAUAUAUUUGACAUUGUAUACCGGAACAGAAAUGAAUAGAUGAUGCACAUGAAAAAGGUUGUUAAAUUAAUGGUAUGAUGGGAAAAAAAAAUCACGGCCUUACAGGAUUGGUGUAAACCAAAUGGUGAUACGCAAAUAAGCCCUUUAAUAUUGAAGUACAUAACCACCUAUCUCUCAUUUUGCAAUGUUGUAUUUGUCAUACAAAGUAUUUGAUGGUUGGUUUAUAAAAAUAAAUGAUGUGACCUAUUUAUCUUUUCAAGUAAUUGUGUGCUUUUAUAUUACAUAAAGAAUAUUACCCUACACAUUUUGGAACACAUUAUCAAAAUUAGCCGUGCUAUUAUGGACACCAAUGCUUCAGAAUAUGCAAUUUCAUAUAACACAAACAUUUUAAGAACACAUUAGUCGUGCUAAGUGAGGGUUUGGUGUACUUUCAUUAUUCAUUUCCAUACUCUUCAUAAUGAGGUUCUGGACUAGGUGCAAUUAUUUUCAUACAUUCUUCUCACUUUAUUGAUUGAUGAAUCCAGACUUUCAGAAGUGUGGCAAAAAUUGAUUAUUUAUUAUUUCUUUAGGUACAUAUGUCAGUGUUGCAUGAAUAUGUUGAAAUCCAAGUACCUAUUGCUUGUCUCUAAAAAAAAAACUUUGCAUGCAAAUGUACUUAUCACAUUUCCAGAACCCAAGAAUGUCUUAAUGGCAGUCAGUACUUAUAAAGGUGGUUUUCAGAAUUUAGGAAAGAACAGUCGAACACCCACUACCAAUUUGUGUCACCUACUGGUUAUCUGUUUUAUUUUUCUGGUGAUUCUGUCUAAAGCAAUGUAACUGUUGUAUCAGCAGAGACAAGAUUUUACAAUUAUAUUUUUAUAAAGUUUAUUUAUUUUUAAACAUAAGAGUAUUAUAAAAAAAAUUAUGAAACCUAUAUGUUUCUUAAUAUACAUUUGAUCAAAAUAGUAUAAUAUUGACUGAUUAAGUGAUUAAUGAUGCAGUUUAACAAUUAAAUAAACCUGCAUGUGUGUUUGAGUAAUGUACCAUCAAUGUGUUAAAAUGAGUUAGACAGAGAUGUAAGUCUAAACUAUGUAAAAUUAAUCUUCCUAGCCUUUUGGUCUUUACAUUUUAGUACAAAUUUAAGAACAAAAUCAAUGACACUGAUUGAAUUUAAUAUAGGUAUAUUUAAAGGUGAUGUGUAUGUGAUUUGAGUUAUUUUUGGAUUUAUAACAUCUUAGCUCUUGGCAUACAGAAUUUGGUGGGAGUAAUUUUGUGAAUGUGACGGAAAUGUGUAAAAGGAAGAAGCUGGAGUUGGCACUUGUGCCGCAGCGUGUCGGCGAGCGCAAACAUGCCAAUGAUUUUUGAAAAUAGAGAAAGGCAGAAAGAGAAAAAAGGCAUAGCUAUUUACCGUUCAUUCCGCUAACAGCAGUCUUGAACAGCACAACACAUUUCCAUGUGGCUUUUCUAAUACAUUAUAAAUACCUGGUGAAAUAAUAAUAUGUAAUAUAUGAUAUAAAUUUAAAAAAUUUUAUAAGUGUUUUAUUAAAAUAUGUGUUGUGUUAAUACAUGGUUUUGAUCAAAUUCAUCCCUGGAAGUUAUUUGUACAAAGGGAGUAUUAAUAAAUACAUAAGUUCUGUAAUUAAAAUAUGUCAUUUUAAAAUUUGAGGUACAUACUUUUAAUGAGUGUUAAUUAAUCCUUUUAAAAUAAUUGGAAUAUAAGAAAUUAAUGAAUUCAUUUUAAAACAAUUUCCUUAAUAAUGCUAAUUUUCUAAAUCCAUAAGAUAUUGUUCAUUUUUUAAUUUACCUACAGGGAGGGGUAAAUCAAGAGCAGAGUACGAGUGAGAAUAAGGGCAACAUAAGCAUGAGGAAACAUUGCAAACUGGAGUACAGUAAGUCCUCUAUUUACGUCGUACCGAUUUACGUCGUUUCGGAUUAACGUCGCUAAUGUUUGAGUACUUAUGUUUCAAUUUAAGUUGUCGCCGAUUCACAAUAACGUCGUUUACAAUGACCGUAAAUCUUUAUUUUAACUAAAAAACCGUAUAUAAUUCGUUUAUAAUUCUUUGUUUCCUUUGGUAGUUAAUUUAUGCUAUGUAGCGUAAGCUACACGUUCACUGCCUUAUCUUAUCAUACAUCAUGAGGGACGCUUCCUGCUCUCCGCUGCUCUCCGCGCAGUCAUGCAAUACUACCAGCCCGCCCGCUCGGCCACCCACAUAUCUCGCACGUAGAAGUGUUAUCUACUUCCCGUAACGACACAGCAUUUUCUCCUACCCCUUUUCGUCCAACUCCUUGGCACUUCAGUAGAGGUGUAAAAGUAACUAAAAAAAGUGUACCCGUAUGUAUUCAUUACUAUAACAAUUAGUACUCGUUACUUUCGUAUCGUUACUCGUUACUUCUGAUACCGCAUAACAUGCUAUGUUAUGUAACAGCAACGAAUCGAGUCGUAUUUCGUACGCGUACAGUAUGACGUCGCGUAAAUAAUAAUAAAUCGAAUAUAAACAAUUAAAAGUAUUUGAUAAUUAACAGCUUUUGUUAACCAAGAAACAAUAAAAUCUCAUUAGAGCAGCUUUAUUAUAAUAUCUCUUUUAAGAUAAGAACAAAAAACGUGAAAAUACGCGAUAAUAAAAAACAAAAACAUACAUAUUUAUAAUUUGUAAAAAAUACUUUCUUACGUUGUUUCUGUUCCAAUAUCAAACUUUGUCUACACACACAAUACCUUUAAUAAACAGUAAAAAACUUGGACGACGAAUUUCCAAAUUAUACUUUUCUUAAUAAACAAACAUCGUUCUUUGUAACGAAUAAGCGCGCGCAUGCGUAAAACAUACGAAAAAUGCGAGUAACGAAAUGCAUUCGUGUGUAACGUUUCUUUACUCGUUACUAGAUGCCGCACCCGUUACUCAGUAACGAAUACAUACGAUUUGCUACAGCUCUACACUUCAGUCGCUAUGAUAUCAUUGAGUUGGCCGGAGUUUUAAACGUGCCGUUGUUAACUUUAUCGUGAUUAAAUGAGUUUGUAGUAGGCCUACAGUAUCAGCUCACUGUAAUUUAUGAUUUUUUCUUCAUAAGAUGUCUUCCAAACGACUAUAUAUCUGUUUUUAUAUUUCAAUCAAUAAAGGUAAUAAAGCAGCUUGUUAAAUAACCAUUCUAUAAAGCUGAGAAGUACUAGUUGGACUUGUUUCCCAUGCUGUCGGUUGUCAUUUGCUGAUAAAAUUGCCCGUUGUCACGUCUGUAUGCCAGCGCUUCCGGCCGACCUUGGGCCGUGGUCGGCCGGUGGCAUGAAACAUGGCUCAUUUUGCGUCGUUUCUAUUUACGUCGCGGUUUUCAGGAACGUAACCCCGACGUAAACCGAGGACUUACUGUAUGGACAAACAACUGCUCGUAACUCUACUCAACAUAACCGGUAUUUUGCUCAUUACCGAGGUUAGAUUUUACACAUCAUUGGUAAGUACUGAAAGACUUUCUCACUUUUUCUUUUUUGAGUGAUGACUUAAAUCAAUAUUUUAUUUACAUUUUGGUCGUUUUAUGAUGAAUUAACUUACAUUUCGGUGUAACAUGGUGUAUUGAAGCUUUCAAGUGUUACGCGGUUGUAUUGCAAUUCACUGUAAAAUCUUGUCCCUGUGGAUCUACAAUAGGAAUGAUGUUUAAGAAUAACAACCAAUUUUUUCUUGCCUGAUUAAAUUAUUCUAAAAUAUUUAUCGUGGUUUUUGCUUUAUCAUAUUAAAGAAAAAUCAUGAAAAGAAUGGAUUAUUUUUGUUUAUAAAAGAAUUUGUUUUAAUAUAUUUCAUUGGCAUAUCAUAGGGUAUCACAAUUGGGAAAGUCUCUUAACCUAUAAUCAUGCAAAGAAUAUCACUUAAGCUAAAUUAAUUUUUUAAUUGGUAGGAAGCAAAAGUUAAACUGAAAAAAAUUACUGAGAAGAUUAUUACUGGACAAAAGUUUAUAUGUCAAUUUUUUUAGGCUAAUUGCACAGAAUUCAUGAAAACCUUUUUUCUUUUUGCAGUAUUCUAUACAAUUUACCUAGUCAUUAUUUUUAAAGACUUAAAAUGUCAAGUGUUCUUCAGGAUACAUUGUAAUAGUUUAAGUAGUAAACUCGUGAAUUAUCUAUUCUUCAAACUAUUGUGUACGGUAAAGUUUACGAGCCCUUAUGAGUGACCCAGUACAAAUGCCAUUUAAAAACUGCUGCUUUUUGUUCUAAUGUUAUUAUUGAUAAUGCUCCUGUUAUGCGAUAGAAAAAAAUUUCUUUAUUGAAAUAGGUCAUGUUUGCAUCAAGUACUUCAAAUUCCAUGGAUUAGAUGCUUUCAUCGAGACACUCCAAUUGCUAGAGUUGAUAUCUCACACUGAAUGUAAAAAAUAUAUAUGUAUAUGAUCAUGGGCACCUUAAUGAAUGGUUAUUUGAUGGAUGAUUUAAGGAGUGUGGUAGGGUUUAAAAUUUUAAAUUUUGUAACGGUACAGUCUGCCGGAGAUUUCAGUCGGAAGAUUUAUUGGUUCUGUGACUUCACUAUUGAGGGCCUUUGUUUGGAUUGGCAACGAAGUGCACGAGAGUCUUUGCCUAUGUCAGGCAUGUCAAACCGGCGGCGGCUUGAAGUUCUCCAGCCCUGAUCACAGCGUGCAAGGGGCGAGAUGUUAGCAAGGUUUGCCGUGGUUGGCCAGUACGAUGCCCAAUGGCCUGGAGAAGAUUAUUCAUGUAUGUACGUUGUAAAUAUGUUUCCUCUCAGUCGCCUGGUUUUGUAAUAGUUCGACCUGACAUGUGAAAACGAUGUUCAACACAAAUGUCUUGUAAAAAAUGUGUAUUUAAAUAAAGAGCAGAGAAAAUGA